CAGUUGGAAAAAUGCCUGGGAAAACGAAGUAUAACCUCGUUGAUGACGGACACGAUUUGAGGAUCCCGUUGCACAACGAGGAAGCAUUCCAGCAUGGGAUCAACUUCGAAGCAAAGUAUAUCGGCAGUCUGGAUGUGACGCGGCCGAGCAGCAGAGUGGAGAUUGUUGCUGCCAUGAGACGGAUCCGGUAUGAGUUCAAGGUGAAAAACAUCAAGAAGAAGAAAGUUAAUAUCGUUGUGUCAACAGACGGAGUCAAGGUUACCUUGAGAAAAAAGAAAAAAAAGAAAGAGUGGACCUGGGAUGAGAGCAAGUUGAUUGUAAUGCAGGAUCCAAUUUACAGAAUAUUCUACGUUUCUCAUGAUUCACAAGAUUUGAAGAUCUUCAGCUACAUUGCCAGAGAUGGACAGAGCAAUGUUUUCCGCUGUAAUGUGUUCAAGUCCAAGAAGAAGAGUCAGGCCAUGCGCAUUGUCCGGACAGUUGGCCAGGCGUUUGAAGUUUGUCAUAAACUGAGUCUACAGCAUACACAGCAAAAUGCAGAUGGAAAGGCGGACUGCAACGGUGAAAAAAAUGGUGGAGAUUCCUCUGGCGUGCAUGCUUAUCCACCUGUAUGUGUGUGUACUUUCCUCGGCCCAGCUCGGGAGCUAACAGGUGCAGAGAAGACUCCAGCGAGCGUCGCAGAGGAAACGGACAUUGAUGCCGAAGAUGUGGUCCAGGUGCCGACGGCCGAGGACUUGAACCUCAACAGAGGAGUGACAGAUCUUGAUGCUACUGCCAAGACACCUGAUUUAACCCAGUCGGAAAAUAAGGUUUUGGAGGAGCCUUCUCUUCUGAUGUCCAGUCCCCGGAUGCUGCUCCCAGCGUCGGGCACGCUCCCUCCUGAGGCUCCAUUGUCUGUCCACCACCAGAUCCAGCUGCUCCAGCAGCAGCUUCAGCAGCAGCAGCAACAGACUCACGUCGCUGUAGCACAGGUCCAUCUUCUGAAGGACCAGCUAAGCGCCGAGGCCACAGCUCGGCUGGAGGCCCAGGCUCGAGUCCAUCAACUGCUGCUCCAGAACAAAGACCUGCUGCAGCACAUCUCCCUGCUGGUUAAACAGAUCCAGGAGCUAGAAUCCAAGAUGGUUGGACCAAAUUCCAUGGGUUCUCAGGACAGCUUGUUGGAGAUCACCUUCCGCUCCACGGUACCUCCAGUGAUCUGCGACGCUACCACACCCAAAUCCGAGGUGUCAGACAUCAACCUCUCUGCACUUGGCACUGGUGACGGAACCAGCAACGCCUUUUCCUCUACCAACGGAACUCUGGGAAGCCCACUAGUUGAUCAGAGUUUGUUUGAGAACUCCAUUGCCCAGAAGCAGAGCCCUCAGACCUCCAGAACAGGUCAGCACUCUACCCGAUCCCUCUCAGCAUCAGCUAAUUCCAAUUCUGGCUCCACCUUCAUCGACUCUCCAUCCUCUGGAGGACAGCAAAGGCUGAAAAAUGCCAUUAACCUGGGCAAGGCAGUUGGGGCAAAGGUCAACGACCUGCUGAGAAGAAAGGAGCCAAGCCACCUUGGAGACAUCGGCGUCACUGAGGUCAACAAGAAUGUUGGUGCAGUUUGGAGCUGCAUGGACAAACUUGGCCACAAUUCUGCCAGCAGCAGCAUGUUUGACUCCUUUCCUCGCCUUGACCCACCGCCACCAACAGGAAAGAAACGCGUCCCUCGAGCUCUGAAGACCACCCAGGACAUGAUGAUCUCCUCUGACCCUGUGGUCGCCUCGCCAGAGCCGGCAGAUUCUCCCCCCUUCCUGCCCUCCCCUGAAGAAACAUCUCAGGGCCCCAACGAAGAGAGGAAGAGUGAGAAAACGCUACCAGGAGGCAGUGAGGAGCAGGAGGAGAGGUUGACAGAAAUCACAGAGCCUCCCAGUCUGGUGGAGAACAAAGCUGAUUCAGAGACAGAGGAGACCAAAUCCACGACUGAUGAAGUCAACGAUGGGGAGGAGGAAAAAGGGAGCCCAGAAGGAGGUGAGGAGGAACAUCGACACCAGCUUCAGCUCUCUGUCCCAGACCUCAUCAACAAGGAUCCUCCUCCGGAGUCCCGAGCCAAACCCUGCGACGUCUGGCAGAGGGCAUCCUCGCCAGACUCCCGCCUCGCCUCCUCUCCGAUUUUGGGCAAGGCACCCUGCCGCAUCAGCCUGGGGGAGGAGGUCCUGCUUGGUAACGGCGCCCCCUGCAGUAAAGGCUCAGGUGGAGGCACUGAGGAGACAGAGUCUCAUCCAGACCUGCUGUCCUUUGAGUAACUCAAAUUUUUACUGUGGCUUUUAAAUGGAUCACCCACCCUGCUUUAAUUUAGGACAAAGGGAAGAGAUGCUUUUCAGAAGCAAGGCAGGCUUGAAGACCUGCUGCUUUUCAAACUUUAGAUCAGCUUUUUAAACAGUUUCUUCACUGGUUUGAGGUCAGUCAGACUACAUAGGUUAUAUAUUUUACGCAUAAAAAUACACAGGAAAAGGCUGGCAAAUUACAUAAUAAAAAGUGAUGCAAUUUGCCAUCAUUUUUGGCUCACAAUGCAAAAAUAACAGAGUAAAAAACAAAGGUCUUUAUUUUAUUGCAGUUUUAGUUUUAAGAAUAAUAAAGUAAAGAAAACAAUGUUCAUAUUCAAUUAAUUGUUGUUGUAACUUUGGCCUUUAAAAGUUUCCUGUCUCCUUUAACAAUGUAAUGACAACCUGAUUAUGUAUUAAUGAAUGUAUUUAGUGUGGUGACCUUCCCUUUUAAAUGGGUUAAAGAUAUAUAGAUAUGAACAAAACCUUAAAAUCCAUGCAUAAAAGGGUUUAUUUUUUAAGUGUGUUGCUAAGCUGCUGCAUUAAAGCCAGUUAAAAACUGCAAAAAGUAUAUAUGUUAAAUAGAAAUAUAUAUUUUACAUUUCGUAAUUUCAGACUACAUGGAAAAGGUUUUGUGUUUUUUUCCUGACUGCUGCAGUUGUUUGUAGCAGUCAGGAAAACGAUCAGAAAAACCAAACAGGAAGUGAAAAUUAAAGGCUUAAAAGGAUGUGUUUGAGAUUGAACAGGUAGGGUGAAAAUCACUGUCACCGCACGACUGCAACCUCCAGCUUAUAAAAAACAAUCAUUCUGAAUCAAAGUUGUUUUUUUAACUCCACUUCAGAAUGAUUUAACUCACCAAAAGAAGCUUUUUGUGUGAGUUCUGUGCUGAAGUUGGCUUUUCUCAGAAAUUGAUCAGUAACACAGAGUUAGUUAUUUUCAAAACUUGUGCAAAUCAACCUGUAGCAGGGGUGUCCAAAGUGUUGCCUGUGGGCACAAAUGAUUGUGUGCAGCCCAUGUCCAUCGUUGAACAAUGAUACAAAUUAUGACUUUUUUUUUUUUGAAAAAAAUCAAGCUAAGAUUUUUUGAAAUUAUAAACCUUUUUUGAGCGGGGCAAACUUGCAAAAUUUGACUUCUUUGUUUUCAGGAAAAUAGUGUUUGUUUUAAUGUUAAGCAGGUAAACGUUUUUUUUUAAUUUCACAAUAAAACUUUUUGCCUGUAAAAACAUUGUAAUAUUUUCAACCAGGUGCUUUUGGCCCACAUGGCAAACAGUUUGGACAGCACUGUUCUAAUGGAUCCAGCACUGAGAAGAAUUUUAAUUACAAAUUGUUGUGUUUUGUUCCUGGAUUCUGCCACAAACCAGACUGAAUAUGUGAAGUUGUAUAGAAAUCUCACUCGUCUUUUAAAAACAAUAUUAAAUCACCAAUGCCUUAAUCUGUUAAAUAUACAUCCUCUAAACAUACCAUAAAUAAGAUGACUAUUUUUAGGACGAAAACAAAUUCAACAUAUUUGACCGUAUGAGCUAAAAUAUAAGCUAUAAUGGAACAAAAGGCUGAAGAAUGAGCAUAAAUUGAAGUAAUUACCGGUCUGUGCAGCUAAGAUGUGCAAAGAUAGGUUCUUCCACAUAUUAGCUGUUCAGGCUAUAAAUCUGUUUUCUUCCUUCCACCCCCAAUAAAUGAAUUAGCCAUCAAUACUUUAAUGAGAAACGGAUCAGUUUGGAGUGCCUCUCUCCAGAAACAAACGAUUGAAAGGUUGCUUCCGUGCUCGGACCUGAAAGGUGCGUGACUUGACAUUAAAUCACCCUACAGAUGGAGACGGGACUGAAAGAUGUCUGAAUGGAGUGUUUUUGGAAAACUGAUGAGGGGUUUCUGAGCUAAAGAGAGGGCAAGGUAAUGAGCUGUCAACAGGAAGGGAUGAAAGAGGUCUCGUUUUUUAUUCAAGCGGAUCCAAAAGUGACAGACCAAAGACGGAAAUUAACAGCUCAGUCAGACAGGUUGUUUUAUCACUUUUUCUUUACUUGUCAGAGGAGGAAAAAAGCAAUAAAUCGGAGGAGUAUUUUUUGUUGUUGUUGCUUAAAAAGAUGAAAGCCAAAGUGUGAACUUUUCAACCAUUUCUUUGUAGUUGACGUCUGUAUCUUUAUUCUUCAAAAGGCAGAUGCUGACUCAGGUGCUUGUUACACAUGAGCUGGCACUGAGAGAAAUUAUCAAGCCUUAAUUCACACCUGUUUGUCCAAACAGGUAAAUCGCGGUCUGGUUGCCGUGGUUACUUUAACACAAAUCAAGCACUAAGAAGGAGAAACCUGUAAUUUUCUAACCUUGCAUUCUGAAGACGUUUGGCAAAUUUCUGCUUCUGGGUUUUGAGGCCUAUUUGUUUAACACCUGGAAAUGUAAUUUUUUAAAGCAGAGAACUAAAGUGCAGAAUGCCAUGAAUUUCCCAGAAGAAGCUGAGACCAAAAGCUGAGAAUGAGAUGAAUGUGUAGCUCAUGCUUAUGAGGAAAAAAGGAAGCUUUGUCUUAGUUUUUUUCCUUUUUUUUUUUGUCUGAAUGUGUCUGAGGCACUGAACUGUAACCAAGCAGCUGAGGCCUCCUCUGCGGUUCUGAAUCAUGUUCCUUUUUUUUUUUUUUCAGGGAAAUUACUCAGAGUUGCAGAUGUUUGAGUAGAAAGCACUCCAAAAAAGGAGAGAUAUUUUUAUACAUAUCUAAAAAGAAAAAAAGCUUUAAAGUUACAGGCAGCUGAGCCUUUGGAUAUGCAAAUACCAUCUUGGGUUUCUGACCAUUGCCUGUAGGGAUGCACUACAUGCACAAAUCGUAAUAAGUACCUUAUUUUUCAUUGCAGAAUAACACAAACUUUCUUGUAAUAUUUGAAGUGGUUGUGAUCUGUAGUUUCGAGGAUUCUGAACAUUUUUCUAUUUGAACUUUUUUCAGUCAACAUUACCCUAUUUACCAACGCCAAUAAAUGAUACAGACUUAAAAAGGUUGUUAACGUCAAGCGAUAACCCAGCGGUGUGUUGACGGGGCUUUUUCUUACCUGCCAUAAAUACAAAAUUGCUUCCUAUCAAUUAACUGAAUUUAAACUUUGAUCCAUUUUGGUUGUCAUGGAUCUUUUUUUCUUUUUUUUUUCAAUAAUUUUUUGUCUUCUUCUGCUUUGGAUUAUACCUGACAACAACAGCUAAAAUAUCUUCAGUUAGAGUGAUUUUGCAUGUUAUCAAGUCGGAUCUCUUCGCGGUAACAUCCAGUCAGUAUUUCCACCUCACAGUGAGCCUCUCUACUUAGUCAUAUCUAUUUUAGCUAUGUGGAAAAACCUCAAUGUGGGGAGCAGCUAGCCAAUUAAAUGUGGUUUGCAUCACAAGCUCCAUCCUGAAGGUUAAGGGAAGUAUAAAGUCAUUCAGGGUUUCUGUGCAGUGUUGAUAUUUAUACAAUUUACUAUUAGCAUCUUUAGAAUCUGCAUAUAAAAAAAUAUAACUGAGAAUGUAGAUGCAUCUUUCCAUACUUAGAUAUGUUUUUUUAUUCGUAAUAAAUGUGUGAACGCCAGUAAUGGCUGCACCAUUUCAAGAUCAUGAAUUGACUAUUUCAUUAUUUUGACAUAUGACAUGUUUUUUAAUAAUAAUAAUUGUCAUGCAAUACUUAGUAAUGCAUCAGUCUUGGAUCAGGUUUUUUCCAUCCUGAGCCAUUUGAGCGCAUCACUCUAAUUUGAAUGUUAUUUUGAGAACAACUGUUAUCAUAACAAAACCAGUUUGACGUUUAAUUUUCUUCAGAUAAGUCGAUUAAAUUAUAAUCCUAAGAAACUAAAGCUAUCCUUUCUUGAGAUAAUAACCAAAAUAAACUGUUGUGACAGGUUAAACUAACAUCUUGUCAUCUUAAUAUGACUUAAUUUUAUGACAAAAGGUCUAUCAAACAUAAAACACUUUAAAUAUAUUUGACAAUUUAGAGUUUCAUAAUUUCAAGAUAAUGAUAAGUAAUCAAAAUAAAUCCAUAACAUUCUGUAAUGUCAAGAUAAUGAUAGGUAAUCAAAAUAAGUUCAUAGCAUUCCAUAAUUUUAAGAUAAUGAGAGGUAAUCAAAAUAAGUUCAUAGCAUUCCAUAAUUUCACGAUAAUGAGAGGUAAUCAAAAUACGUUCAUAACAUUCCGUCUUAAGUUACUGACUGAAAACCAGCCAACCCACGCACAUUUACAGUAUAUGAACUUUUCCAAACUUCCAUGGGUUUGCACUUCACAGUUACUAGUUAUAUCACAAUACAUACUUCUGCUGCUUCAAAUACCUGGAACACAUUGAUACAAAACCUCAGUCACUUAACAAAAUAAUCAAAAUCAGAUGCAAUGUUAGAUCUGAAAGGUCAUGACAUUCAAACAGAUGCGUCUGGACAAGGGCGAUAGUUUAGAACCAUAAAUUGUGUAGGAACCACCUGGGCCGAUUAGGGGGUUCAAUUUCCACAUCUAUUAUUUUUUAGCCUCACAAUAUGCAAUACACUGCCAUAGAUGAGGGGAAAAAAACUGAUUAGAAUGAAAAUUACUAGAGUGAAAGAGCGAAAAGAAAUAAAAUCCUGGAGAGGCUUUUUGAAGAUACAAGUAAGUUUGUAAGCAAUAUGUUGAAAAAUAAGCCAAGGUUAGUUAAUUUUACAAAUACCAGCUGAAUAAUGUAUAUAAUGAGUAUAUGAAUAGCAAGAGAACAUCAAUAAAAACAUAAUAAGCAGAAUACUAAAGUGUUUGUGAAUUCUCCGAGUUGAAAUUAGAGACUGAGCCCUAAGCGUGAUUUUAGUGAGAGCUUAUUUAAAAACAGUACUUUUUCUGGGACGCUUGCAUUUCCUCUUCUGUAUCUUCCCUAUUUAAAAAAACAAAAAAAUAUGUUAAUUUCUUUAUAAUAUCACAAGAUUGCUGUUAUGCUUAAUUCUCAUUUCAUAAAAUUACCAAAUGAUUGUCUGACGUUUGUGUUGCAGUAUGUUUUUAUGCCCAUUUGGAUCUGAAAAAGAAAAACAAAUUUCUUGUGAUUUUCUUGGCUAAGAUGACUAGUAUAAAUAACACACUAACAUAAUCAACUAAAGAUGAGGGCAAAAUGACACUACAUAGGUGUUUAACAGACCUGAACUCUGUUUCUUUUUGGAAAUAGUGAAUUCUUUGAAGACAUCAAGCAUUCUGCAUUUUUCUUGAGUCUGUAAACCACUAACUUUAUCGUUUUUGUUGAAGGAACAGUAAUGUACAAUUUUUAUCAAAAGUUUCCUAACAACAAAUGAAGGAGUUAUAGAAUGUAGCAUUUAUUUAGUUAUUUACUUUGUUUUUUUUAUGUUGAAAUUUUAUGUUUUUGUCUCUGCAAAGCCGAUCUGCAUAAUUCCAGUUUUUAUUGGUGAAUGAAGGACACUCGGCGUAACACAUGGACUUUUUAAUUCCAAGGGACUGUUGAAUGUCAAAAAGAAGCUUCCGAUUUUUUAUCUUUCAACUGUUGCUAAUUAAGUAAAUUUUUUUAUCAACCAAAAGAUGAAACGGAUCAUUUCUACCUUGUAUUCUCCCACUAUACUUGUAAUACAGAGGAGACAUAAUAAUUUCCUACAAUCACUGUAAUCUUAUAAAUUUUGAUUUAACCAUGAAGUCAUUGUCUUAUCUGAUUGUGUCCUUUUUGACAUCAAAUGAGUUUUUUCCCCUCAUACUCUUUUAAAUCCUAUUUAAUUCACUUAAGAUAACAUCGGAGUGUAAAACAAUAAAAUAGUUACCAUGA